AUGACUUUCAUUAUCAAAGGAAAGAAGCCUCACCAUAGUGUCAAGUUCAAUCGACGUGCAAUGGAAGAGAAGAAGGGCUCGAAUAAAAAGUCUUCAUCUCUAUCUCCUUCCAGCAAACUAGAUCAACUUUUAUAUGAUGCUUCACUAGAGAAUCAAGCACAAACACCUGGUUUUAUUAUACAAGAAUCUUCAUCAUCGCAAGCAGAUAUUGAGGCUGAAACUGAUGAAGAUAUUGUUUACGGCUCAUCCCGACCAAUCACAGCGGAGGCUUUUAUGAAUAUGAUUCCCGAUACCUUCACGGAGUACCCCCUACUCCAUGAUCAAUUGCAGACUCAGACAUCUCAUCUUCAAGAUCAAACCAUUCAAGAAUGUCUUCCUUUUCUUUCGGGAAAAGAAGCUGGAUUGACCUAUAAUCCAUAUGGGGUUCCACAUCUGAGUCGAAAAAAGCAUAUUCAGUUCCUUCAUAAGAAUCUACAAAAGUUGCCCUCGGCAUAUGUCGCUGCUGAUGCAAGCAGACCAUGGAUGUUCUACUGGGCAUUGGCUGGUCUCUCAACCUUGGGAGAAGAUGUAUCAUCAUAUCGAGAAAAAAUCAUUUCAACAUGUCGACCCAUCCAGAAUGCGACUGGAGGGUUUGGUGGAGGAAAUGGUCAGAUGUCACAUUUGGCCACGACCUAUGCAAACAUUCUAUCAAUUUCCAUGGUAGGUGGGCAAGAAGCCUUGGAUAUCAUUGAUCGCAAGGCAAUGUGGAAAUGGCUAGGCAGCUUGAAGAUGUCUACCGGGGGGUUCAGAAUGGCUGUGGGUGGCGAGGAAGAUAUUCGUGGUGCAUAUUGUGCUCUGAUUCUCAUUACACUCCUAAGUUUACCUCUCGAUCUUCCCCAAGAUGCUCCCGCGAGAUCAUCAAACUAUACUACUUUCAUCGAUGGACUUCCAGAAUGGAUCUCAAGAUGUCAAACAUUUGAGGGCGGUAUAGGAGCUCGACCUAAUGUCGAAGCCCAUGGCGCGUAUGCGUUCUUAGCAUUAGGCUGUUUGUGCAUUUUAGGUGAACCACACAUCACGAUACCUCAGUAUCUUGACGUGCCCGGCUUUAUUUCAUGGCUAUCAGCACGUCAAUAUGCGCCGGAAGGCGGCUUCUCAGGUCGCACAAAUAAGUUAGUCGACGGGUGCUACUCCCAUUGGGUUGGAGGAUGUUGGCCUCUAUUGGAAGCAUGCCUUGAAGGACCAGCGCAGCAGACUCAAACAGGGUCAUCCUCGAAUCCAGAUUCGGUAAAUCUCUACAGUCGCGACGGUUUGAUCAGGUACAUCCUCUGCUGUUGUCAGGAUACAGGAAAUCGGGGUGGAUUGAGGGAUAAGCCCAGCCAUCGCUCUGAUUCGUAUCACACAUGCUAUGUUUUGGCAGGUCUUAGUUCCGCACAGCAUAAGUGGCAUUUCAACACGUCUGCACAGAAAACGGAAUCGAGUGGAACGCUCGUUUCACCGUAUCAAUGGACGGCCGAGCCUUAUGUUGAGACAACACAGAUAUAUGAUGAAGAAGAUAGGGUGGAGACUCUCCACCCGGUUUUCGUGAUACCAGAAGGCGUUGCUGAGGAGACCCGGGCAUACUUCGCUUCAAAGGGGACCUUUUAA